CACUGCAGUGGAGGUUACGGUGCCAUCGCUGCGGCUGCUCGUUCCCGACACCACGUCCCGCUGCAGACUUUAAAGAGCAGAACAAGGGAGCGCUAAAAGCCAUGGCCGAGUCCAACCCGCUACGGGGGUUCCCCCGUCUGCGCCGGGCCGCGACCUCAUUUCCAGGCAAUCUGCAUUUGAUCCUGGUGCUCAACCCCAGCAGUUUAUUAAGCUCUGCCCCCAGUCCAUCAUCAAGCACUGACCUGGGCUUCCGCUUCAGCCAGGAUGACUUUCUGUUGAAGAUGCCGGUGGUGAUGCUGCGUUCAGUUGGUGACCUGCUGCGCUACAUCGAUGAAAAUCACUUGACAACAGACUUCACUGCAAAAGUGCAGUUCUGCCAAAGCGACUGGGUCGUCCUCCGCACAGCCAUUGAAACCUUUGCAGUGACAGUGAAAGAGAUUGCCCAGCUGCUGCAGAGCUUUGGAUCAGAGCUGUCUGACACUGAACUUCCAGAUGAAGCUAAUGCCAUCGAAUUCUUGCUGCAUUCACACACACACCGAUACCGCCAGAUGAAGGAUGAUAUCAGGAGUGUGCUGAAAGAAGGACGUCUCCUUCUGUCAAACCUGGAAACUGUUAAGGCUUCGAAAAGAGACGCAGAGGAUGAGAGGGAAAUACAAGCAGAUAUGCACACUGUUCAGAGGCUCCUGGCACAGCUUGGUGAUAUGGAGGAGGCAUUUGAUGGCUUCUUUGAGAAACACCACUUGAAGCUGCAGCAGUAUCUUCAGCUGCUACACUAUGAAAAUAGCUUCCAGCAGAUGGAGGAGGUCCUGGAGCGGAUUUCUGCCCAGGAGAAGGAGAUUGCCUCUUUGGGAACCACAGUGGUUCAGACAGAACAGCUACUUAGAGACCUGGAUACACUGGACAAACAUGCUCAGGAGGAGAUGGGUCGUGCCCAGGUGUUGAUUCUGCACGGUCACCAGUUGGCUGCCAACCACCACUACGCCCUGGCACUCAUCAUCCAGCGUUGCAAUGAACUGCGACAUCACUGUGAUAUCAUCACCACUGCCAUACGCACCAAGCGGGCCUCGCUCACUCGAACACAAGACCUGCUGAUCCACCUUGAGGAGGCUCUUCGCUGGUGUGACGAGGGAGCAUAUCUGCUGGCCAGUCAGAUGGUGGACAAGUUCCAAACCAGAGAAGGAGCUCAGGAGGCGUUGCAGUAUCUGUGCUGCCACCAGGAGAGGGCGCCAUCUGCACUGAAAAACAGCCAGGACACUCUGAGCUUUGAGUUUCAAGCCAUACUCACCCCGCAGCUGCAGACCCAGAUUUUGAUGGUGACAGAGAAGCUGAACUCAAUGCAGUCCAUGAUCAGAAACAGAGAGCAGUGUCUGAGGAAGCUGGCAGAUGUGCAGAUUCGACCCAUACAGCUGGUGGCCCCUCGGCCAGAACCGGACCAGACUUUACAGCGUUGCAAGUCACCUCUCUUUUCCCCUAAACAUGGUGUAGACUUUAAUGUCCUGAACUCCAAGUUCUCCUUUGAUCUGCUUCCUGGAAAGAGAGCUGCAAGGAGGAACAAUAGCCAGCGUAAGAUUGAGGUGAUGCAUGAUUACCAAGGCAACCGCAGCUGUCUAUAUGGUUCCAACUUUGAAACUGAUUCAGAGGCAGAAGACAACCCAGAGCAGGUCACACGCUGUAUUAUGAAGGAACUGAUAUCUACAGAGAGGAUCUAUGUGGACGAACUGCUCUCCGUCCUUCUGGGCUACAGGGCAGAAAUGGAGGACCCCUCUAUGGCCAAUCUUCUACCUGUAGCUCUGCGCAGCCAGAAGGACGUUCUGUUUGGCAACAUGCCAGAGAUUUACCAGUUCCACAGCAGGAUCUUCCUCCAAGAUCUGCAGAGUUGCCUGGAGACACCAGAGAGCGUGGGGGCUUGCUUUCUGAAAAGGAAAGAGAAGUUCCAGGUGUAUGAGCGUUACUGCCAAAACAAGCCUCGCUCCGAGUUGCUCUGGAGACAGUGUGCCGAUUCGCCCUUCUUUCAGGAGUGCCAGAAGAAGCUUGACCACAAGUUAGGUCUGGACUCUUACCUCUUGAAACCAGUUCAGCGCCUCACUAAGUACCAGCUGCUGCUUAAGGAGCUUUUAAGGCACUGCACAGAGGAGCGAUGCCGCUGUGAACUCCAGGACGCUCUGGGCUCCAUGCUGGAGCUGUUGAAGUCUGUCAAUGACUCCAUGCAUCAAAUCGCCAUCACCGGAUAUCAGGGUGAUCUCAGCCAGCUGGGCCGUGUCGUGAUGCAGGGCAGCUUUAGCGUGUGGAUCAGCCAUAAAAGGGCAGCAGUGCGAAUGAAAGAGCUGGCCAGAUUUAAACCCAUGCAGAGACACCUCUUCCUCUACGAGCACGCCCUGCUCUUCUGCAAGCGCAGAGAUGAAGACAACCACGACAGGACGCCCUUCUACAGCUUCAAAUCCUGCCUCAGAAUGAGUGCAGUGGGUAUCACCGAAAAUGUGAAAGGAGAUGUGAAGAAAUUUGAAAUCUGGUAUAGUGGCAGAGAAGUGGUGUACAUAGUUCAGGCUCCUACGCAGGAGGUCAAAGUUGCCUGGCUGAUGGAGAUUCGAAAAAUUCUCAACAACCAGCAGAAACUACAAGAUGAAGCUUCUCUUCCACUUUCAGACAACCCUCUCUCUGACAGUGCAUCAGAGAUGUGUGUGUCGUGGGGCGACGCGUCGGUGGGAGGCUGCUCAGCGUGUCUCCUUGUUCCUCACAGCUCCUCUGCAACAAGCCACUCCCACAAGGCCAGAGGAGAGGAGUCGAUACACACUAGCCCCGCCCACUCUGAUCCUGUGGUUCAUUCACCUCGACGCAGUUGGCCUGUGAAUGCUCACUCAGUGGCAAUCUGCGAGGGCCUAGAGGACUGGGGUGCUACAGACCUGUCUGCUUUAUCAGACUCAGAGGAGGAGGAUGAGGAUCUGCCUGCCCCGCUGGUGGCAGGCAGGUACAGGGUAAUGGUAGAGAGCACCAUGGCCAGCUCUGAUGACAUCAUCUUUAACUGUGGUGACGUCAUCCAGCUGCUGCAUGAGGAUUCAUCAGGAAUGUGGAUGGUAAAGAAUAUAAGUCGUGGUGAAGAAGGCCGCGUUCUACCUGAGGACCUGCACAGGAUUCUGGGAGAGACAUGCUGAGAGCCAGUCAGCACAGAAGAUGAAUAAACAAGUGUGUGUGUGUGUUUGUCACUCACCCUUUGCCUGAAUAUCCUUCCAUCCAUACGGACUCAUGUAUUCCAUCGACCUUCUGAAAAAAGUGGGCAUCUGAUAUCUGAUUGUUUGUCAGUCAGAAUGAAGCACAACAUCAGCCACAUACUUUCCUCCUCAGACUGUUGUGAGAGUUUUUCCUCAGAAGACUGUAAACUACAGAAAGCACCUCAGAAGACUGGAACAAUGGGAAGCACAUAAAAGCCAUCCUUUCCUCUGCCUUCUCUCGCAGUAAUACAGCAGAUUAUUUGGACUGACGACUUUAAACAGGGGCUUUUAUUUAUAUGUUCAGAGUGGACUUCUUAAUUUCUAUUUUCUUAUGAAAUAUCACAGAACUCAUGGGUAUGCCUACCAACAUAUCAUUACUGUUCAUGUGCCAAAUAGCUAAGCUAACUGUCAUGCAGAAAUGCCCUGGUUAGGCCACCUCUUAGUAGCCAACGUGAACACUCAAUGUCUGCCAGUGGGGUUCAUGUGAUACAAAAAGACAAAAAUACAAAAAGAACAUUGAAGAAAAAAAAAAAGGUGAAAAUAGGGUGUUUUAGUUUUGCAGGUCUCAACUUUCAUACAAAAUUUAGUUGUAGAGAAUCUUGACAUUCAGUGUUCAUGGUGUAGAAGAAAAAAAAUUACUGCAUACCCUUGUUAACAGUUGGCUUAAUUAAAGGGGACCCAUUAUGCUUCUCCUUACUUUCUGCUUAAUUAGUUAGCUGUUACAGUGGUGCACAUUCAUAGUAAGCAUGGCCAGAGUUUCAAAUAAAGAUGUCAGCAUAUGUGCAAGUAAUCCAUGUGAGCUAAAAGCUCUGGCUUCAGAUGGCUCUGAAUGCUCAGUUUCACACAGUUCAUUCUGCUCUUGGCUCUAUGUGACCUCAGUGAGAAUGGAGAGCUCUGAUAUGCACAUAACUCUGGCUGUGAGUGCAGAAGCCCCACCCACCUCUCUGUUUAUGAGGGGCGACUCGUAAAGAGCCAGCUUAAAGUAAUGGAGAAGGGGAUUGGACCAAAGCACAGCCUAGUGUAAGAUAAAUGAUUAUUUUGAACUGUGAAUCGUGCAAAGCUGCUUUAGUAGAGUCCAAGAAUAAAAAAUAUGGAGCUGGAAAUGAGCAUAAUCGGUCCCCUUUGAGACGUGUCAUAGCAGGAAAGGCAGAGGCAUAAAAACAUUAUUAAAAGCUAGUUUGGGAGUUUUAACUUCUAGUGGAGCAGUCCUGUCUCUCGCACAUGUGCGGUAACACACCCAUGUGCAAAUCGCAGUUCUGUCCAUCCUUUUAUAUCAUUCAGUGUGACUGCAAGUGGAAACAAAAUGGCAACUUGUUAGUUGUUAUUGUUGAUGCAAACUAUGUUGUGCAAAUAGUCUAUGAUCAAGUGACUAAAUUCCUGUUUGAUAGAGCUGAAGGAAACCAAAGGCCUUGUUGAAGUCUUUUUCCCGGAGUGUCUCUGAGGACGUGCAAUUUUUGUGAUUAAUACAGAAGAUUAUAAAAACUUUGCUUACUAGAAGCCCCCUCAGUGCACUUUAAAGAACAGAUUUAAUUAGGUUUUGUCUAAAUUCCUCAUCCUUGCUUCUGUACACUGUGGCAUACUGAAACACUGAGACGGACAGAUGUUCUCCUGCUAUGACAAAAUUUUCUGUAUUGAAAAUAAAAGCCGUGGUAAAAGUCUUGGUUGCGGUGUGAGUCACUCUCUAAGAGCAGGAGUUGCCUGAAAACUACUGGGUUGCUGUUAUGCUUUUAUUUAUGGUGAUGAUAUAUUUUUCAAUGAAAGUUAUAUUCUGUGAUAUGCUUAUUUUGAAUUGAUGAUAAUUCAGUAACUUGUCCAUCAAACUAGUCUUAUCACCAUUACUACUGAGAAGCAUUAUGAUUGUUUGCUUGCCGCUGUGCACGGGUAACUCACUUCCUGCAUAUGUCUGUUGCUUGAUUUCCACCUGCACAGAGAAACUAUCCUCAGUGUUCGGUACUAACUGUAAAAUGCAUAAUGUAGAGCUGUCAACUAAUCAUUUACAGCAUAUUGUUAAAAUGUAAUUUGAGGGAAAUCAUUUUGGAAAUGCCUUUCAAGUAUUGUAACUGCCUUGUUUUAAAACUGCCCAGUCCAACCUUGUCUACAUUGUAAAAAAGAAGCCAGAGAGGUGUGUGAAGUGUGCAGAGUGGUCACAAAAACACUGCCACUUAACUGUAAAUGAGCUGAGAGUUCAUCGCUCACUGAUGUGGUGUAAUUACCUGAGUUGCUGGCAGCUUAUUUAGACAUCUACAGCAAACUGUGACUGUGUAAAUGUUAACAAUCUAAAUUUUGGCUUUUUAACAUCAUUCAGUCCUCUAAAUGGCAGCACUUCUUUGGACAGACAGAUGCUGAUACUCUGCUAUCAAGUGAAGAAAUGAAAUUAUUUCCAGAAUAUUUCAAUUUAAUCCUUCCAGUAGCAGUAAAUCCAAGAUUAGCUUGAACACAAAGUAAAGAUUCAUUUUCACAGUAUUUAACACCCACAGUGGGAGCAUUAAAGUUACUUGAUAGUGAGUGCUCGGCCAUCCAAACGAAGUGUGUUCACUGAUCCAUAAUACUAAAUAAAAUUUCUUCACUUUAAAUUGAUUUGAAAUCCACCCACCGCUGACUGCACUGUAGCAUCAGAAGUUAUUAAUGGAUUAGUUCAGUUUGGCUUCAGCGUAUUUCAUACUUUAACUUGGUGUUUGCUGCUUUUGCUUAUUUUCCACUUUAAAAAAACACUCAUAGUAAAAACUUGUAUGAUGAUGAAUUAUGUAUAUUAUUAUUUUCUGAAAAUAUAAACA